AAGGAAGAGAGCAGCAAAACACUUCGCUGGAAGCAUAAGACCUCAAGGUACUGUCCACCUUAAUUGAAGAAACUAAAUAAAAAUGUCUAGAAACAAUUCAACACAAUCAAAUCAUAUUUCCAAGGAUACAGACAACUGUAUAUCCUGUCAAAGUUGUCAAUUCAAGUUCUUCCCUUCGACUACAUUUGACAUUAAAGCAAAUGGCAUUUGUAACUUCGAAAUGUCUGUGUUUAAAAAUAAGGGGGACAAUACCCCCUUCUGGAAAACGAGCUUUACUCGCACAGAAGAGAAUGAUAUAAAGGAAAAAUCUACAAUGAAGUGUCCAAAUUGCAAAAAAACAUUUUGGUUAUUUAUUAACCUUUGUGUGAAUACUGACACAACACAACUCGAAAUUAAGUUGUCCAUCAAAACUGGUGAGAGUGAAAACCAGCAAGACAAACAAGAGGGCACUUCAUCUGUAAAGAGGCAGUGUCGCAGAGUGAAGGUUUUUUGCAUGAGCACUGGUGAAACGUUUGGUGGUGAUGAUGAAGUAAAGGAACGACUGUUAAAGAACCGAUCACCAUCAGCACUUUUCCAGGAAACAGACCUGAACGAAUGCUCUGUCAUCAUGGUCUUCUGUCCAAUCAUAUCCCGCAUUGGAUCCGAUGUAGACUCCUGCAUGAGAGAUCCAAGAGUGUCUUCUUCUGGUAAACCAGUCAUUUUGGUUCUGAUGCAUCACACCAGAGACACUCACUAUUCGACUGCAGGUACAAUCUGGACUGAGGAGUUUGACAAUGUUGUGCUUGAUGUUCAUCUUUUAUUUCAUGAGACUAAACCAGGAUUAUUGAAAUGUAGUGAAAACGAAACUGCUUUUAAGCGGAUUCAGCAAAAGUUGGACCAGAUUUAAAAUGAAGGUGAUAAAGCAACACAAAAGUCAUAGUUCAGAAGGUCCUUAGGUUUAGAAUCAUUGUCUGUUAUGUUGGUUCACCUUGACUCAGAGAAAGAAAAUGGCUUCUAUAAAGAUAUACAAGAAUGCUAUUAUUUUUUUUAAUGGAAGAUAAAAGUUGUAGCAAUUUUUUAAAAUAUAUUUAUAAAUUAUUGUUGGAAAAUAAGUAUUUGAUCAAUAAGUUUAAGUCAGUACAUGAAGAUACCUGCACGGAGGAACGGGCCAGAAUACUUGCUAUGGUGUAUAGGUAAACCUGGUAAAGACUAAAAGGAAAUGGUCGACCCUUCAUAGCCAAUAAAGGUUAUGCUACAGAUUAUUAUGUAUAUAUAUCAGGAGACAUAGUCAACAUGUAAAUAAAAAAUUCCAGUAAAGAAGAAAUAAAUAAGGCAAGGCAAAACUAAAAAGAACAUGUUAAAAAAUGAGUUAUCUAAGCAUCUGUGAUUUAAAAUAAUUGUUUACAAUAUGAGAUGUUCAAAGCAUUUAAACUUGUAACACAAAUAAGAAAAUUAUGUUUUAAGAUUGUACAUUUGGGGAAUUGUC